AUGGAAGCCAGCUCAUCACCCCACGGCCUGUUGGAACUGGCCAAGGAUACUGCAGCGCAGUAUUCGCUAUACAUCCUGCUCGCCGUGUUAUUCUUCUCGUGUCUCGCGAACAGAGCCAUCACAGGCCUCCAAAGCCAGCUCCAGAGGCCCGCUGCAGACGGCGAGCCGAAUCGUCCUCGGAAGCUACCCUAUUGGGUUCCGGGCUUGGGACAUGCGUUUUCCUUUGUAUGGGGUCAUCGCGACUUUUUGCUAAAAGCAGAGCAAACCAUAGAUGAGCCUGCUGUGGCGCUGCAGAUGGGUUUUCAUACACAGAAUAUGAUAUACUCCCCCACCAUGGCGCAGAAGCUAUUCAGCUAUACAGGGGCCAAAUCUGGUGUUUAUUCUACAAAAGUAAUGGAGAAUUUCCUAGGCGAUGUUGGUCCCUUUCGCAGGACCAAGCCGGAAAUCCUCGAAAAAAUUAAUGAUACGUUGACGCCAAUCAAACAAGAUCGGUAUCUGGAACAAAUCACUUCAAAUAUAGUUACCUUUCUCCAAAGAGAGACAGCCAACCUAGUCUCGUUUAGCCGGAGUAUUGUUGAUCAGUCAAUAUGGGAACGGAACGCGGCGAUUACAGUAGAGGAAGGUAGCAAUCCUCCCAUUUGCGAAGCAAAUAUGUUUGCAUUGAUUAGGAGCUUCACUACCUACAGCAUUUCUCAAACCUUCAUGGGACAGGCUUUCGUGGACUUUCAUACAGGCCUUAUUGAAGACUUGUGGACAUGGGACCGCGAAUUCGUGCGUUUAUCUGCUGGCACGCCGAAAUGGCUUCCUGUCCCCGGAAUAUCAGCCGCUUAUCCAGCUCGAGAACGCGUCCGGAAGCUUGUUUCGGUCUUGCAGGCAUCCUUCCUGGCCUUGGAAGAUGGCCGGGAUGCGCCCAUGGAGUUCCGCGAUCUUGACGAUGUCUCGGAGCUGAUGCAGACACGAAUGCGACUGUGGAAAACGCUAGGAAUCAAUAUCGCUCUCAGUGCCCGGUUGGACAGCUGGCUGCUUUGGAGGCUGACCAGCGACGUUUCCAAACUGGUCUUUUGGAUGAUUUUCCACGUAUAUUCCGACCCAGACGGUGAUCUGCUAUCAAAAAUCCGAAAAGAAAUUGCACCAUUUGCGAAAACCUCCCGUCUCGGGCCGAAAGAGACGGGACUCCCAUUCAUGGAGCCGCCUAGGGUUUCAAUGGAUUUUGAAGGCCUUCUCCGGUCAUGCCCUCUCUUGAAAGCAACCUAUGCUGAAACUACACGCUUAAACACGAACCCAAUUUCAUACCGGCAACUCACGACUGACCUGGUCUUGACCGAAUCCGACAAAGAAGCGACUCUCUACGGCGCAAAGGAACCGCGAUCCUACCAGUUUCGUCGCGGAGAUAUCCUUGGAGUCCCCUGCGGUGCUCACCACAUAGACCCAGUUUACUAUCCCAAUACGCAAAAGUUCGACCCAGAACGCUUCAUUUCGACAGACUCUGGGAAGGAGGCUGUUGACUGGCGAACGGUCUUGCCAUUUGGCGGCGACGACACUUUUGCAGCUUUCACUGAGCGCCAGGUAUUAGCCUUUUUUGUCUCGGUUGUUUCUCUCUGGGAUAUUGAGCCUGUCAGCCCCGCGGGUUGGAAACAUCCGGGCCAUAAGCUGUCGGCAAAUGCUUACAAUAUUUCUCGCGAUUUGCGAGUACGUUUGAAACAUCGUAUAUAG